AGAAAGUCAGUUAAUGGUCAAUAUGCGUCUGCUUUGGUUGUGUGCCGCCACGCUGGUGGUCCUGGCUAAUGCUGGGACCCUCAAGGAUACCCCCAAACUGAGAUUCGAUAACUACGGAGUAUACAAGCUGACGAUUCGGAACAGGAUCCAAUUGGCUUUGAUCGAGAAGAUUGGUGAGAUCUCCAAUAAGUACGACAUCUGGAAGGAAUAUGAUGAGCAUACCAAGGAAGUGCACAUCAUGGUUAGUCCCGAGGAGCUGAAGCACUUCCAGGAACUAUUGAGAGUCAACGACAUCAGCAGCGAGCAGAUGAUUGAGAAUGUUCAAGAGCUUAUCGAUGGAGAGCAAGUCACUGCCGCCGCAGAUAGUGGCACCUUUGGCUGGACUAAAUACUACGAGCUGUCCGAGAUCGAGGCCUGGCUGGACAGUGUACUGGCCGCGUAUCCCACGGUGACCGAGGAGUUCAUCGUGGGCCAGUCCUACGAGGGACGCACCAUUCGCGGCAUUAAGAUCUCCCACAAGGCGGGCAAUCCGGGCAUCUUCAUCGAGUCCAAUAUCCAUGCCAGGGAGUGGAUUACAUCCGCCAGUGCCACCUGGUUCAUCAAUCAGCUGCUCACCUCCGAGGAGCCGGCAGUUCGGAAUCUGGCAGAGAGCUACGACUGGCACAUUGUGCCCGUGUUCAAUGUGGAUGGUUUCGAGUACUCCCACGCGAAGAAUCGCAUGUGGAGGAAGACCCGUCAGCCGCAUGCCACAAAUGAAUGCAUUGGAGCCGAUGCCAACCGAAACUUUGACUCCCACUGGCUGGAGAACAAUGGCGCCUCUUCGAAUCCCUGCAGCGAGACCUUUGCCGGAGACGAGCCUGGCUCCGAGCCAGAGGCGAAGGCUUUGGUGGAGUACCUUACCCAGAUAAAGGACCAGUUCAGCGUGUACAUAUCCUUCCACUCCUAUGGCCAGUACCUGCUCUCUCCCUAUGGACACACUGCCACAGAAUUUCCAGACAACUACGCGGAUCUCCUGGAGAUUGGCGAGGCCUUUGCCACCGCCAUCGAAGACCUGCCCUACGGCACUGUCUACCGCUAUGGCACCACAGCCGAUGUCCUUUAUGUGGCCACGGGUACAUCCGUGGACUGGGUGUUCAAUGAGCUGGACAAGAAGGUUGCGUUCACCAUCGAGUACCGCGACCUGGGACGCUAUGGCUUCAUUCUGCCCCCCGUGCAGAUUAUCCCCAACUGCGAGGAGCUGAUGGCCGGCAUGCUGGCUCUUAUUGACAAGUCCAAGGAACUGGGAUAUAUAUAAGCAAUGUGUAUUGUAUGGGGCUACCCCUGAUCCUGAUCAGUAAAGUACCUCACGUAGGAGGCCAGUAGA